UUUAGUUUGAGUUGUAAUUUUGUCGUGAUUGCGCAGACUUUAUACAUGUUGCGCCGUUUACGCGGUUUAUUUUUUGAAUCCUGAAAAUUGUUGAACUACAAACAAUUUAGCCAUGGUACAUUUGAAGUGCUAAAGAAAUUAAUUUGUGAUUUUGAUUUUAUUUAAAGCAAAGAAAUUCGUUCCUAAACUUGAAAUUACUUGUACACUUGCCACAUUCCUUUGACGCAGCUAUAUUUCUCUUAUAUUAAUCGUUGUGCUAGCUGCAGAAGUGUAGUUUUUGUUAUUUAUACUUAAGUAAAUGUAAGUGGAAUCAUAAAAACAAACAAGUGGGUCUAUCACAUACACUCGCAGUACAUGCGAUUUAUAACGUUGAAUUUUACUGUGGAUUACGCUGCGUCGUCUAAAAAAAAAUGUUUAUUUUGGUGUUUCAAAAUUGGAAUAAAAAUUAAUAACAAUAUUGUUGGAGUUGAAGUGUCUGACUGAAGCCAAUGGAAUGUCAUUGUAUUAUUAGUGGAUCUUUGUUGUACAUUUAAACGUCGAACCGUACUAAAAUCUCAUAAUACAUUCAGAACGGACAGAGUUCACAAAACUUACAAAAGAAAAACUUAUAAAAAAUUGGCCAGCUUUCUAUUUCCAUGCAAUCACAAUUCCGCUAUAUACGAAAAAAAAGUAUCAGUGCAAUUUAUACAUUAACACUUUGCCGAGAAAUUUCUUCUCGAAAGCUAGCUGACAGAGGAAAAUAAACAAAUGACAUAAUUUAUGGCUCGUUAGUUUGAGAUUUUUUUUUCUUCCACUUGGUGUGUAUUGAUUGUGCUAAGGCGCCAAAUUUAGAUGCUAUUAAUUAUACAUAUGUGAAUUUUAACGAUAAUUUGAUAUUUGAUGUUUGUUCACUUCCAAAAUACCAGUGACAUCAUACCAAUAGCAUAAUAAUCAGUUCUGGUUUUAAGUGUUUCCGCUCAAUUUCAAUAAAGUCAAAGUGUCAAUACUGUAGGUCCCUUCAGACCAAUAAACAUAAAUAAACGAUCACAAAACUCUAAUAUAAUGAUCAAAUGUUUGUAAGUGACUGUACUAAUUCCGUCAUUGGAUUUGUGAAAACUAUGCCUGAACUAUGAAAGGAUUACAUUGUGUGGGAUUUCUGCUAAUAAUAAACGUAUUGGUAGUACCCCUGUGGGCGGCACGUGAUAAUCAUGAACGACAACAUCGAAAUCGACAAGAUCGAUUAAGACAUCAACAGCAGCAACAGCAACAACAACAGCAGGAAGAAAAGCAUUCGGAAUUUGUUAAGGGCAAAAUUUGCAUCGGAACAAAUGGACGAAUGUCAGUGCCAUCGAAUCGGGAACAUCACUAUCGUAACUUACGGGAUCGGUUUACGAAUUGUACGUAUGUGGAUGGUAAUCUGGAAUUAACAUGGCUGCAAGAUCCGAAAAUGGAUUUAAGCUUUCUUCAACAUAUCCGCGAAGUAACUGGUUAUGUACUCAUUAGUCAUGUAGACAUACUAAAUAUCGUUUUGCCAAGACUGCAAAUUAUCCGAGGGCGAACGUUAUUCAAGCUGAACAUCAAAGAUGACAAAUUCGGACUAUUCAUCACGUAUUCACAGAUGCAUACGCUUGAAUUACCGGCAUUGCGAGAUAUUUUGGCUGGAUCUGUUGGAGUGUUUAACGCUUACAAUUUAUGUCACAUUCGUACUAUAAACUGGGACGAAAUCAUUACGGGUCCUAAGGAGAAAUUCCAAUACACUUACAACUUCACGUCACCUGAACGGGAAUGUUCACGUUGCCAUCCGUCUUGUGAAGCUGGUUGUUGGGGCGAAGGUGAACAUAAUUGUCAAAAGUUCAGUAAAAUAAAUUGUUCGCCACAGUGUGCUCAAGGUCGUUGCUUUGGUACCAAGCCUCGAGAAUGCUGUCAUUUAUUCUGCGCUGGUGGUUGCACCGGACCAACUCAAAGGGAUUGUUUGGCCUGUCGGAAUUUCUACGAUGACGGUAUUUGCAAGCAAGAAUGCCCGCCGAUGCAGAAAUAUAAUCCAACCAACUAUCUGUGGGAAGCAAAUCCUGAUGGUAAAUACGCAUAUGGCGCUACGUGUGUUAGAAACUGUCCAGAGCAUUUAUUAAAAGACAAUGGUGCUUGUGUGCGUACUUGCCCCAACAAUAAGACUGCUGUAAAUGGUGAAUGUGUUACGUGCAAUGGACCGUGCCCGAAAACAUGUCCAGGUGUCGGAAUCGUUCAUUCCGGCAAUGUUGACGACUUCAGAGGUUGUACCAUCAUCGAGGGUUCAUUGGAAAUAUUGGACCAAAGUUUUGCUGGUUUUCAACAAGUUUAUACGAAUUUCUCAUUCGGUCCGCGAUUCAUAAAAAUGCAUCCGGAUCGAUUGGAAGUAUUUUCGACCCUACGCGAAGUCACCGGCUACAUUAACAUUCAGGGAAACCAUGAACAUUUCACAAAUCUAUCGUAUUUCCGAAACAUUGAAGUAAUUGGUGGACGACAACUGAUGGACACGUACUUUGCUUCGCUAUACAUUGUCAAGACUGCACUGAAAUCAUUAGAACUAAAGUCACUCAAGCGAAUUAAUUCGGGAGCCGUUGUGAUACUUGAAAACAAAAAUCUUUGCUUUGCCAGCGAGAUCAAUUGGAAUAAAAUUAAGAAAUCUUCGGAUCACAUAUCUAUGAUAGACAACAAUAAGAACGAGACCGAAUGCAGAUCAGAAGACUUGAUAUGUUCCACGGAAUGUACGUCGGAUGGAUGUUGGGGGCCCGGUCCAGAUCAGUGUCUCGAGUGCAAGCAUUUCAAAUUUAACGGCACCUGUCUCGAUGCCUGUGCAAGUUAUCCGAACAUAUAUCAAGUUGACUCAAAGACAUGUGGAUUGUGUCACCCCGAAUGCAAACAUUCAUGCAGUGGUCCUGGUGCUGACAAUUGUACGGAAUGCCAACAUGUUCGAGAUGGAAAAUAUUGCUUACCUGAAUGUCCGGAAACGAAGUACAACCAAAAUGGAAUCUGCGCAUUUUGCCACGAGACAUGUGUUGGAUGUACCGGCCCAAGGAAUACGAUCGGUCCGAAUGGUUGUACUUCGUGUGAAAAAGCGAUUAUCGGCGAAGGAAUGAUCGAACGGUGUUUAAAGAAAUCAGAACCUUGUCCUGAUGGCUACUUCUACGAAUGGGUAAUUCCGCAGGAGCAGGGCAUGCUGAGACCACUUGCUGGUAAAGCAAUUUGUCGAAAAUGUCAUCCCAGAUGCAAACGAUGCACUGGCUAUGGAUUCCAUGAACAAGUCUGCCAAAAGUGUUCCGUUUAUAAGCGAGGCGAACAAUGCGAAGACGAAUGCCCGAACGAUCAUUACGUCGAUGAACUGAAUUUCUGUCUUCCAUGCCAUGAUGAAUGUUUGGGAUGUACUGGCCCCGGUGCGGACAACUGCAUACAGUGUCGUCAAUUGAAAGUUUAUUUUGGUGAUCCCAAAGACAACUCAACAUUGUUCAACUGCACAUCAACGUGUCCCCAGGAUUAUCCUCACAAGGUUUAUUUGGAAGAAUUGGCCGGUCCUUAUUGUAGUCCAAAAGCUUCCCCUAUAGUAAUUGAUCAUGCUGGUACUGCGAACAUUUCUCCAGUUUACAUCUUUCUGAUUGUUGUGCUCUCGACCGGGUUUGUACUCUUCUUUGGUGUGGGUCUGUAUUGUUACCAAAAGACUAAAACUGAUAAGCAAACAGUUAAGAUGACAAUGGUGUUAACUGGAUGUGACGAUUCAGAGCCUCUGCGACCAUCAAAUGUUGGUCCAAAUCUAUCCAAGCUGAAGAUUGUAAAAGAGCAAGAACUACGACAAGGCGGACUAUUAGGGUCUGGCGCAUUCGGACAGGUGUACAAAGGAGUUUGGGUUCCUGAAAACGAAAACAUCAAAAUUCCGAUUGCCAUUAAAACCCUUAAUUCAUCUACUGAUUCCGAAGCUAGUCGUCAAUUUUUGGAGGAAGCUUACAUUAUGGCAUCGGUUGAACAUCCGAAUCUGUUAAAGUUGUUGGCAGUUUGUAUGACUACUGAACACAAAUUGAUCACUCAAUUAAUGCCGUUGGGAUCGUUGUUGGACUAUGUGAGGAAUAAUAAGGACAAAACUGGAUCCAAAGCACUACUUAAUUGGUCAACUCAAAUCGCUCGCGGCAUGACUUAUUUGGAGAAGAAGCGGCUAGUCCAUCGAGAUUUGGCUGCCCGCAACGUUUUAGUGCAAAAUCCCAAUCAUAUCAAAAUUACCGAUUUCGGAUUGGCAAAACUGCUGUCCAGCGACAGUGACGAAUACAAAGCAACUGGUGGAAAAAUGCCAUUUAAAUGGUUAGCAUUGGAGAGUUUACGACACAGAAUUUUCACAAGCAAAUCAGAUGUUUGGUCAUUCGCUGUAACUGUGUGGGAAUUAUUAACGUUCGGCAAACGACCAUACGAAAACAUUAGCUCGAAAGAUAUUUUAGCGUCCAUUGAAGGUGGCAAAAAGUUGGAACAACCACAAAUCUGUUCAUUAGACAUUUACAUCGUUUUAUUGCAAUGUUGGGACGUCAAUGCGGAUGCUCGACCAACAUUCGAACAAUUGGAAGAAAUGUUUUCCGGAUUUGCUCGUGAUCCCGGUCGUUAUUUAUCCGUACCGGGCGAUAUUCACAUGCGUCUGCCCGCCUAUACUAGUCAAGAUGAAAAGGAUCUGAUCCGAACUUUAACGAAAAAUGGUGGAUCAGACGGAGUCGGUACUGAUGAUUAUAUGACACCAAAGCCUCGAUCGACCACAAUGUUGCCGGGACCGAGCACAGUUGAAUUAGAUGCAAAUAGUGUACCUGGAAAGCGGUACUGCAGUGAUCCAAUGAAAGGAUCUGGCGAUGAUGAAACUGACAACAGUGGUCGUGAAAUUGGUGUCGGUAAUAUACGACUCGAUUUACCAUUAGACGAAGACGAUUACUUGAUGCCAACGAGUCAAAAUCAAACGCCAGGCUUUGGCGGCUACAUGGAUGUGAUUGGUGUGCCGACCGUGCAAACGGUUUGCGUUGACAAUCCGGAAUAUUUAAUGGGCACGUUAACGAGUAAUGCAUUACAAAUGACAUCGACGGCGCCUCCAACGCAAACGAUUGGAAUACCAGUGACACCGCUGAAUGGUGAAGGCGAACCGUCGUCCGACCAUGAAUAUUACAACGAUCUGCAACGGGAAAUGCAACCAUUACAUCGAAGUGAGACUACCGUUUAGAUAAUGGCGAUGGUAAAUAAUAUUUAUUUAUAGUUGUUAAAAAAAAUUGUGGACUGUGCCGACAAUAUAUCUUUGUGAAGAUGGCAACUUAAAAGUGGACAAUAAUCAACAAUAAAAUUACAAUUUUUUUAAAAAUAGUUUUAAGGAAAGAAAAUUGCGAUAAUUAAGUGCCUCAAACGUGCCUCUAAUUUUUAAGUAUUUUAAGUACUUAUGUAACUAUAUGAAGAUUUAUUAAAAAACAAAAACAAAACAAAAAAAACGAAUGCAAACGAAGUUGAGAAAAAUUUGAAAAUUAAAAAAAAUCUGUGAUAUUAUUAACGUUUAAUUAAAAGCGAAUAAUUUUUAGAAAUACGAUGAAUUGUAGCUCUGCAAAUUUUGUAAGUUUUUUUUUAUUAUUUAUUUUUUGUAGAUACAAAACAUUUUACGAAGACCGUUCUUAUUUUUACAAUUUUAUCAAAUCGAAAUAAAUCAAAUUUUAACAUUAUAUAGAUAAGCUGUGUGUACAUAUCCGGCAGAUUGAAUCCAAAAAUGUACGGUGUUAAAUUAAGACAAUUAAAAAAAAUAUUUAUGUACGACAGUGGGAUCGGAGUGGAUUUUCAUAAAUAUAACUUUACGCACUAGUGCGAAAAAAUGACGUUUGUAAAAAUUAACCACCCCUUGCCGUACAUGAAAACCUGGAACCUAACUUGUGGCUUAACUGAAGUUUUGCUCAUACGAUGCGUUCUCAAUUUUGGCUACGGCUAACAUCUUUUGUGCAAAAUUAGGGCACUCGUUGGGAAAAUAGCUAUUUUUACGACACAAGUUUUUCAAUCCCUUUUUAUACUCAAAAUUCAUUUUUAAUUUCAUUUAUUACGCAAAUUCGAUUUCGAAAUUUCAUACAACGAACAUCAUUUUUGUGACAAUGAUUCACUUCUAAUUAUUCGAAUGCUAAAAUAAAAUAAAUAAAAACAAACAGAAUGCUAAAUCAAUUAAAACAAAAGCAUUGGAAAAUGAAUAAAAACACUUACGUUAUUUGCAUAUUAUAAAUAUUUAAAUGAAAACCAAUUGUGACUUUGGAAAUCCUAAAAAUAAUUAUUUUAAAAAUGAAAUUUAGUAGACAAAACUAUUAGUGUAGUCUGUGCCAUUAAUUAAAGAAAAAAGAAACGAAAAAUGUCAACUGCAAUUCAAUCAACUUUUUUUUAUGUGUUUCUUUUUUAAAGAUGCUAUGAAGGCCUUUUAAACUGGCAGAAAUUUUAUACAAAACAAUAAAAUAAACUUAGUAAGGAUUUCUAGCUUCGGUGUAUAAACAUGUAAAUAGCGACUUUCUAUUAAAUUGAGUUAAUAAAAACAAAAA